AUGAAUGAAAUUGAAAUCAGAAAAAAAAAAGCCGCAGCAUUUAUAGUCAUUCACCAAAUAUUAAAUAAAAAAACAAAAACAAAAACAAAACAUCGGCAAAGACGUUGGUGGAUAACAAAGUUAUACCAAAAUAAAUUACAUAACAAUGGCUCAAGUUUGUUAUCCACUUUAAAAUUCGACGAAAGCACUGGACAAUUCAAAAAUUUUCUUCGGAUGUCUUCACAAGAUUUUGAGACUUUAAUAAAUAUGGUUGGGCCAAAAAUACAAAAAAGUGAUACACGUUUUCGGAAAGCAAUUCCAGUCAAAGAACGAUUAGCGGUUACUUUACGCUUUCUUGCUACCGGUGAUUCGUACACAAGUUUGCAGUACCUUUUUGGGAUGUCCAAACAAAUAAUAUCACUUAUUAUUCCAGAAGUUUGUGAAGCACUUAUUGAAGGACUUCAAGAUAACAUUAAGGUAAAAUACAUAAUCAUAUAA